GCUCUGCGCCACUUCCCUCACAACUUCAGUGCUGCAUGGUGACGCCUUCUUUUUAUCUUCUCAUUCUUUUAUUUUAUUUAAUUUUUUUUGUAAUGACAUCGCUUCUUUUACUGCCCGGCCGUGGAUGGGAUGCUACUGGUUCUCUUUCCCCCGUCUCCGACUAAAUAUUUCAUUUCCCCCGAAGCAGCAGUUUUGGAUGUGCUGACUUACCGGAUUGAAUGGGGGGAACCACUUUUGGAGACUUUACGCAUCGACUUGAGGGAUGAAUGUUAACUUUUUCUUACUUUUUGCCUCUUUUUUAAAUGUGAUUUAACUUUUAGGGAGUGUUUGUUCCACACGUUUAAAUAUUUAGGGCCACUUUUUAUUUUUUUAUUUUUAAUUUUUUUUAAAUUUAUUUAUUUAUUACCCUGGAGAUCCAACUUUCAACCGCACCGGCGUGGAUUUCUUUCUUUAAUUCAAUCUCUGGGGAUAUCAUCAUGGCUCAGGGGGCCGAACCGAGCAGGUUUUGGGCUCUCUGCUUGGUCCUGGUUCUGUGCACCGUGUCCAGCACGAACGCAUGCCCGCACAAGUGCAGCUGCUCCGGAUCCCAUGUGGACUGUCAGGGUCUGGGGCUCAAGACCGUACCGAAGGGGAUCCCACGCGGAGCUGAGCGCCUGGACCUGAACAGAAACAACAUCACACGGAUCACCAAAGUGGACUUCUCUGGCAUCAAGAACCUCCGAAUUCUUCACCUGGAGGACAACCAAAUCAGUGUCGUCGAGAGAGGAGCCUUCCAAGACCUUCGGCUGCUGGAGAGACUCCGUCUAAACAGGAACAGACUGAUGCUGCUGCCGGAACUUCUCUUCCAGUCCAAUCCCAAACUGGGCCGACUAGACCUGAGCGAGAACCAGAUCCAGGCGGUGCCGAGGAAAGCCUUCAGAGGAAUCACCAACGUCAAGAACCUGCAACUGGACAGCAACCACAUCAGCUGCAUUGAAGAUGGAGCUUUCCGAGCCCUACGCGAUCUGGAGAUUCUCACUCUCAACAACAACAACAUCACCCUCAUCCCGCUGUCCAGCUUCAACCACAUGCCCAAGUUACGGACGCUUCGCCUGCACUCCAACAACCUUCACUGUGACUGUCACCUGUCCUGGCUCUCUGAUUGGCUGCGAGCAAGGCGAGGCCUGGCGCCCUUCACCCAAUGCAUGGCCCCCGCCCACAUGAGGGGCCUGAAUGUCCCCGACGUACAGAAGAAGGAUUUUCUCUGCAGCGGCCCCGCCCACGUCGAGUCGAGGACGUGUGCGCCCCUGGUGGCAGUGUGCCCACCCAGCUGCACCUGCAACAACAACAUUGUGGACUGUCGCCGCAAAAGCCUGACCGAAAUACCCACCAACCUCCCGGACGGCAUCGUAGAGAUUCGUUUGGAGCAGAACUUGAUCAAAAGUGUCCCGCCAGGAGCCUUUUCUUCCUACAAGAAGCUUAAGAGGAUAGACUUGAGUAAGAACCAGAUUUCCGACAUCGCCGCCGAUGCCUUCAGUGGCCUCCGCUCGCUCACCUCCCUGGUGCUUUAUGGCAACAAGAUCACAGAGCUACCAAAGGGAUUGUUGGACGGCCUGGUGUCCCUGCAGCUACUCCUCCUGAACGCCAACAAGAUCAAUUGUCUUCGGGUCAACACCUUCCAGGACUUGCACAACCUCAACCUGCUGUCGCUGUACGACAACAAGUUACAAACCAUCAGCAAGGGACUUUUCACACCACUGCGCUCCAUCAAAACUCUUCAUCUGGCCCAGAAUCCCUUUAUGUGCGACUGUCACCUGAAGUGGCUGGCUGACUUCCUGUUCGACAACCCCAUUGAAACCAGCGGGGCGCGCUGCAGCCACCCCAGAAGACUGGCUAACAAGCGCAUCAGCCAAGUCAAAGGCAAGAAGUUCCGCUGCACAGGUCAAGAGGACUAUCGCAGUCGACUGAGCGGCGAAUGUUUCCAGGACCUGGUUUGUCCCGAGAAAUGUCGCUGCGAGGGCACCGUGGUCGACUGCUCCAACCUGAAACUGACCCGCAUUCCCGCACACAUCCCAGAACACACUACCGACCUGCGGCUGAACGACAACGAGAUCGCCUUACUGGAGGGAACCGGGAUGUUCAAGAAGCUGCCAAAUUUGAGGAAAAUCAACCUGAGCAACAACAAACUGCGGGACAUCCGCGAGGGAACAUUCGAUGGAGCGUCUGGGGUUCUGGAGCUUCUCCUGACCGGCAACAAGCUCCAGGACUGCCAGGGACGAAUGUUCCGAGGCCUCACUGGCUUGAAAACUCUAAUGCUGCGGAGCAACCAGAUCAGCUGCAUUGACAACACAACAUUUACGGGCCUGAGCUCGGUGCGUCUGCUGUCGCUGUACGACAAUCGGAUCUCCAGCAUCGCUCCGGGAGCCUUUGCCACCCUGCACUCCCUCUCUACCAUUAAUCUCCUGUCGAACCCAUACAUAUGUGACUGUCACUUGGCCUGGCUUGGUCAGUGGCUAAAGAAGACCAGGGUGGUGAGUGGAAACCCUCGCUGUCAGAGGCCCGCCUUCCUCAAGGAGAUCCCCAUCCAAGACGUGGCUAACCCUGACUUUACGUGUGAUGGUGGCGAAGAUAACGGCUGUCUUCCUGCAUCUGGCUGUCCUGACAUCUGCACAUGCUCAGACAGCGUGGUGCGAUGCAGCAACAGAGGGCUGCACUCGCUGCCCAAGGGCAUUCCCAAGGACGCCACGGAACUUUAUCUGGAGGGUAAUAUGCUGACUUCUGUGCCCAAGGAGUUGGCGGCCCUGAAGCAUCUGUCACUGGUAGACCUGAGCAACAACAGCAUCAGCACAGUGGCGGCGUAUACUUUCAGCAACAUGACUCAACUGUCCACACUCAUCCUCAGUUACAACCAGAUUCGCUGCAUCCCGGUCCACGCUUUCGACGGUCUCAAGUCGCUCCGCCUUCUCACUCUCCAUGGAAACGACCUCUCAACUAUCCCGGAUGGCGCGUUCAACCACCUCACCGCUUUGUCCCACCUGGCUCUGGGUGCCAACCCCUUGUACUGCAACUGCGACCUCCGCUGGCUCUCCCAGUGGGUGAAGGCUGGCUUCAAAGAGCCCGGCAUUGCUCGCUGCACCGGACCCCCUGAUAUGGCUGAGAGGUUGCUGCUGACCACACCGCUCAACAAAUUCCAGUGUAAAGGUCCCGUGGAUAUUAGCCUCGUGUCAAAGUGCGCCCCCUGCCUGGCGGAGCCCUGCCAGAAUAACGGCACCUGUGUGUCCGACGCAUCUGGAUCCUACCACUGCACCUGUCCGUUUGGAUUUAAGGGUCAGGACUGUGAAACGGCCAUUAACGCCUGCAUUAGCUUCCCCUGCCUGAAUGGAGGGACGUGUCACCUCCAGCCGGGCCUUGAGGACCACUUCAGCUGCGUGUGCCCACCGGGCUUCGAGGGCCAGCGCUGCGAGGUGAACCCGGACGACUGCGAAGACAACGACUGUGAGAACAACGCCACCUGCGUUGACGGGGUCAACAACUACACUUGUGUCUGUCCACCCAACUACACAGGUGACCUGUGUGAGGAAGUGCUGGAUCCUUGUCUCCCCGGUUUCGACCCCUGUGAGCAUGAUUCCAAGUGCGUCCACGUCGGUCGCAGUUAUAGGUGUGAGUGUUUGCCUGGCUACGUGGGCCAUUUCUGUGAGCAGGACUACGACGACUGUCUGGAGAACAAGUGUCAACAUGGCGCCGAGUGCGUGGACGCCGUCAACGGCUACACGUGUGUCUGCAAGGAGGGCUUCAGCGGGCUGUUCUGCGAGAAUCCCCCACCCAUGAUUUUGCUACAGACCAGCCCCUGUGACCAGACCGACUGCCAAAACGGCGCCCAGUGCCUGUUGGUGGCCGGCGAGCCCGUCUGCCGCUGCAUGCCCGGUUUCUAUGGCAACAAAUGUGACAAGAUGGCCACCGUCCAUUUCCUGGGACGCGAGGCAUACAUAGAGCUCCCAGGCGCGAAGCUCCGCCCCAAUGCUCACAUUGCGUUCCAGGUGGCCACCGACAAAGACAACGGUAUUUUGUUGUAUAAGGAGGAUCACGACCCCCUGGCUCUGGAACUGUACCAAGGACACAUACGACUCAUCUACGACAUGGCCAGCUAUCCUCCCACUACAGUGUACAGUGUGGAGUCUGUCAACGACGGGCUUUUCCACACCGUGGAGCUGUUGAUUCAGAACCAUUCGCUCAGCCUGGUGGUGGACAACGGCGCCCCCAAGAGCCUGGGCAAGCUGGCGCGCCAACCUUCUGUAGACCACAACACGCAGCUUUACAUAGGAGGCGUGCCCUACCAGGUGGUGGCCUCGGGGUUGCGGCCCAGCCCAGAACGCUCGCCUCAGGCCUUCAACGGUUGCAUCCACGAUGUCCAGAUCAACGGGGAAGCGCAGGACCUGAGUUACCGAGCCACAGGAGGGCGACCGGUAGAGGGCAAGGGUGAUGGUGUUCUAGUGGGCUGUCACUCAUGCAGCGUGUGCGCUCAGGGAACAUGCAGAGAGGGCGGCGAGAUGGGCGUCACCUGCCAGUGCCCGCACGGACGCAGCGGGACCUUGUGCGAACGGGUCACGGCGCCAAACCCCUGCCAGGCCAGCAGAUGUGUUCAUGGUUUAUGUGUGCCCAAGGGGGUGUCGUACAACUGCAAGUGCAGCGAGGGUUACCAGGGACAGUUCUGCGAGCGCCAGCAGGAGCCCGCGCCCUGCAGGGGGCAGCGGUGCGGGCACGGCGAGUGCAGAGUGUCCGAGGGCGGGGAGCCCGUCUGCAACUGUCUGCCUGGCUACGCCGGGGCCACCUGUGACACCGAGUUGACGUGUGAAGGCGAGAUGGUGCGAGAGCAGCUGAAGCGUCACCAAGCCAUGCGCACGUGCACGUCCACCAGCAAGAUCCCGCGCAUGGACUGCCUCCGAUCGUGUCAGGCGCCGGCACCCGCCGGCGUCUGCUGCGGCGUCACCAAGACCCGCAGGAGGAAGGCGGUGUUCCGCUGCACCGACGGCACCUCCUACUCCGAGGAGAUGGAGACGGCCCUGGAGUGCGGCUGCGCUAGGUGCCCGUUGUAAUGGUGCCCCUCCUCCCGCCGCGUCUUGUGAAUUUGGCACCGCCAUCAACACAUUCUGCGUUUUGUUUACACAUAUCCCGUUCGACGGCCGCCAGUUUGCUGCAGGAGAAACCACAAAGGGGACACGCGUGUGUGUGUGUGUAAGGGUGUGGAAGUGUGUAUGUGUGUGUGUGUGUGUGUGCGCGCGUGUGUGUGUGUGUGUGUGUGUGUGUGUGUGUGUGUGUGUGUGUGUGCGUGCAGAGAGAAAUAUAUUGUAAGAUACAAGUGAGGAGGAGAAAAAAAAGCAUAGAACUUAUUUUUAUUAUGAAUUUUCUUCUUCUAAAAGAUGAUAAAGGACUGAUGAGUUGUUUGUUUAAAUAUGUUGAUUAUACAACGUGCUACAUAGGAUGAUUUUAUUUUGUACCUUGUAAGAACGAAAAGCUACACCACCGGAUAGAUUAACAUUCCUUAAAAAAAAGUAUAAGAAAUUAUAUGUAUGUAUAAAUCAAUAUAGAAAUUAUACCCUAAUCCAAUUAAUUGUAUAUUAAGUGUAUUUGCAUGAUCUUAUCGUGUGGGAGGCUUUGGACACUUUGAAAGUUCACUCACUCCUUUUUGGCCUGAAAGGGGAACCGUACGUGCCUAGCGAGGGGGGGAAAAAAAAAGCAUAGACAUCAGCCUCACCUUUGAGGCUAUUUUCCACACAGAUGUAUUUUUUUAACAUUUUCUAGCAAAGUUUUUCUAUAAAUCCAGUGUUUGUACACCCAACUAUAACGGGGGUGGACAACCUACAGUCACGGAAUUAUAAAAAUGAAUAAAAAAAACAACCCAAAACCCUGCCGAUCUAGGUCCAUAAAUCAACAAUCUUCCCCACGCGUCCUUUUUAUAUACCCUUCUUCUUAACAUUUCCGUAAGUGACUUUCUUCAGGCCUCUGAUUGGCUACAAACCAAAGCCAUCAAAUUCAAAGUCACAGGGCAGCGCCACCUUAAACAUACCCGUGGGGUACACGUACCGAUUUUAACAUCUUACCCGAUUUUAACAUCUUACCUGAUUUUUUUUUUUCAACUUUAUUGACCGAUGCCGAUAAAAAAUGGUCGUGUGCGCUUUCAAUUCCGUAAAUUAUCAUUUACAAUAUUAACAAGUUAUUAGUGCACUGACUACGAUUGGAAAGUUUUGUGCGUCUCAGAGCAAGUCACUAAUGUUCAACCUAAAGCUAUUCCGAUUUUUUGUUUGUUUGUUUUGCACAAAACUCCAAACAUUGAAGUGUAUAACUAUGCGUGAGCGAUUCAAUAUUUGGAAAUAAACCGAAAGAAAAAAGUUGAGCGUUACAAGGAGCUCAGAUCCAAAUGGUGCAUUUAUUUGUUGUGGUUAACGUCCAAGUGAACAUUUUACCCAUCAUGCCAACACGAUUCAUGGAAUAGGUUAUUUACACCUCAAUGUAAAUAUGUUGUUUUAGGAUGUUUCAGUAGAUGCAAAAGCUGCAGGUUAGCCAACUGUAGUCAACUUGGAUUCUUGCAUUAGGUCUAAAAGCAUCCCAAAUUAAGGGAUCACAUCGAAAGAGUGUCGCGUAAUGCAGAUGCCCCCACACACGACCGUAAUCUCCACCCACAAUUGCCGGUUACCGAGACUCCAAUAGUAGUACCAACACUGACCUGUGAGAGGCAGCAUGGCGCCACAGGGCAUCCAGACUGCCGGAAAAUACAAAGAUGAAGAAAUAGAAGUAGCUUGGCUUGUAAAUAGAUUGCAGUCGCCUUCUCGUCAUGUCACAAUCACGGCCGAACGGGGAAAAAGGAUUUGCUAUCGGAAAUGUUGAACUUGUUGAACAUUUGCAAUUGUUGGCAGACCGGGGAGGAAAAAAUCCCUCUUAACGUAUCCCACACCGCAGGAUAAUCUUUGAGACAUCCCAAAAUCGCUCAAAUUCUGAUUUCCGAUUGUCUGUAUGCGUGUACCCUGCUUAAGUGUGGCCUUAAAAAAAAACUUGAGUUGGAGGUGAUUCAAUUGAUUUUUUUUUUUGAUUUUUUUUUAAAUUGAUCACGACUAUCUUUGUUUCAUCGGGCAUUGCCCAAAAAAUUAGUAGAGGGCUUGGAAGUGUGCUUAAACUGCAAAAACUGCUUUAAAAAAAUAAUAAAUGAGCAAAAGAGUCAUGAAAUUAGGACUAUAUUACUUAAUUUAAGCAACAGUUACUGCCUAUAGAACAGUUAAAUUUAAAUUGGCAAUAUUUCUUAAAACAUCCAAGUAAACAUCCCUUCAGAUGCAUUAAGAUUUGCGUAUUUAUUCUACCAACACGUAGAAUUACAGUAUCAUUUCUUAUUUUAAGGUAAACGUACUCAUAACUAGUAAUACAUGUUCAAUAAGAAUAUUUUAUUACAAUUUUUCUGAGAUGUUCUUGCUCAAACUGACUGGUAAAUGGAUAUCUUGGCAUAGAAAAAAAACUAGCAUAUUUUUGCCUUGAUUUGUGACAUUUAUCUUAGAGUUUGGUUUUUGCAGUAUAGGUACACCAGCUGAAAUUUUUUUUUUUUUCCCCCAGCUCUGGCUUCUGUUGUGUGUUUACUUUUGAGUAAGUAAAUGCAACCAAACUGCAGUAAACGAUGUUGAAUAUUUCUGCUCGACAAACAGAACAGGAGUGUUCGCACCAAUGAUAGCGUUAACGUCAUUAAAGCUUUGCAGCCUGGUCCACCAAGCAUAUUGCAGUCCACAAAAAAAAAAUUCACGGGGUCACCAUGGCAACGACAGAGCUCGUCAUCUCCUGAGCCAAUGCACCAAAUGUUAAUGUUUUUAUGCUAUGCUAGUCUAAGCUCAGUUGUCACAUACGACUGCUUUAAACUGCAACCGUCGUCCCAAAGUUUGCUACGUGCGCCUUUGAAUAUAAAAAAAAAAUAGUUGCUGUGUUCAGAAUUCUAAUUGCUGCUGCGACCCAGUGUUGGAAGGAGGCAACAACGGGGUCGCGAAAGGAUAAAGUGUAGUGCCUUUAUUUUCAAAGAUGUCAUGAAACAAAUUUUUUGUUGACCCAAAGCGAUUCAUUAAGUAAACUCUGAAAGAAAUAAAGUCAUUGUCAUGCAGCAACAGCCACGCAGUGCAGAAAAGGAAACUGCAGCCGCAACAACAAAAAGUCACUUCCUGUUGUUCUUCGCGUGUGACGCAUUCAGUGACUCCUCAUGUAACCGCUCAUAGAGGGCUAUUAAAAGUAAAGGAAGGGACUAUAAUGUAAACACUACGAGGGUUGUAAAGGGAUGGCAAAUUUGUUGUAAAUUUCCCUGGGAAGUUAAGCAGGGGAAUUUUGGAAAAGGUGUCAUAUUCACGCAUAAAUACAAACUUUUUUUUUGCCAUAAGCAGAUAUGAAAACAAUAUUUUUGGAACAAUCAAUUCAUUGAAGGCAAGUGUGAUAUUAGUCAUGAAACAAAAAGAAUUGCGUUGUGUGCUUAAAACAACCUCACAACUCUGCCUUCGGAAUCUCCUGUAGCGCAAUGUUAACGCACAAUGCAAAACGCCAGAGACGGGCUAACGAAACUCGCAUCGACGUAGCGGUAGUUGAAACACCGUGGGCAACUGAUAUUUGAACACAGACGGUUAAGCGACACAUUUAGACAGAGAAUGUAACAAGACUCACAGGCUUAGUUUUUUUACCCUCUGCAGAAAACGGCUAUUAUUACUGGAGCUGACCGAGGCAGUUGUGAAAUUCUUUGUAUGUGUGCAUUAUACUGCCACCUGGUAGCCAUAGCGCAAACAAACACCAGCACAAUGUGGAGAUGCCACAGAUUAAUGGUAAUUCUGUUCAUUUCAAAGGGUGAAGAUGAUUUGAGAUGCACGUGUUUUCAGUAACGAGCGUGGUCACAGAACGUUUCCUAUUAGUUUCCUAUUAAGAGCCAACUUUAAAUUUUGUACAUUUCUUGUUUAUUCAUUUUGAAUCCCAUAAAUUCCGCUCGCUCCCCAUGGAAAGGUUCCAACUUUGAAAAUUCCCAGAAUUUUGCAACCCUAAAGACUACUGUACUCUACUUUAUUGUACUCUGUUUGCAACACAUGCAAAAGCGUCGACCCGCUUUGAACUUGCAGUAUUAUCCGCAGUUUAGCGUCUCAUUUUUUUUUCUGCGUCACGCAAAUGCCUCAUGCCUUUGCGCGACAAUUCAAGCUUUUCAUUUUUUUCCCGCACCUAUCCCCCACUCCGCCUCGAAGGUUUAACUCGUCAAUGUGAAGACGGAAGACAAAAUCAUUUCAAUCCAAACACUUCAAUGUUCUCCAGGUUGAAAACACAAAAGUGAUUGAUGAUGCAGAUACUUAUGUUGAAUGUUCAAAAUUAAACUACCAUGAAAACGA